UGGCCCCGGCAGCUCCUGUCAGUGAGUGAACUCAGGCGCUAGUGAACUUAGCGUGUAGCUUUAACACCAUGUCCUCUCAGGCGCCUCCAAAACCGUGGGAAAGACGAAUUCCUGGAGCUGCUGGAGCUCCACUGAACUUUCGUUCCACUGAUUUCGCGGGAGGAAUCGGUCUCUCGCCGUCGAUCCCUUCAACCAUGACGCGUAUGGCGCCUCCGAUACCGCAACGUCCAAUCAAGCAGAACUACCGUCCUGCCUACAGUUCUUUUCCGCCCUCCUACAGCCCCUUCAGCAGCUCUCCGUACGGAAGCUACAGCCCGUACAGCUACGGCGGUUUGGGCUACAGUCGCCUUCCUCCCCUGGAGGACGUGCCGCCAAGCCGCUUCGUGCAGCACGCGGAGGAGAGCAGCCGAGGAGCGUUCCAGUCGGUCGAGAGCAUCGUGCACGCUUUCUCCUCCGUCAGCAUGAUGCUGGACGCCACCUUCUCGGCCGUCUACAACAGCUUCCGAGCCGUGCUUGACGUCGCCAAUCACUUCUCCCGCCUGCGCGUCCAUUUCACCAAAGUGCUCUCGGCCUUCGCGCUCGUCCGCACGCUGCGAUACCUGUACCGCCGCCUGCAGAGGAUCUUGGGACUGAGGUCGGGCGCCGACGUGGACGAGCUGUGGGAUGACAGUGCAGCAAGUGCCGUGGUUCCAGGAGGCAGAGGAGCCGCUGCUGGGGAUUCCAGAGACGGCACAGUCAAGUCUUGGCCCAUAUUUCUGUUUCUGGCGGUGGUUUUCGGUGGACCGUACCUGAUCUGGAAACUUCUGAGAUCGGAAGAGGGUGCAGAAGAGCACGGCACCAACUGGGCAAGUGGUGAAGACGACCACGUGGUAGCCAGAGCUGAGUACGACUUCACUGCUGCGUCUGAGGAGGAGAUCUCUUUCCAGGCUGGAGAUAUGCUGAACCUGGCUCUAAAGGAGCAACAGCCAAGGGUGCGUGGGUGGCUGCUGGCCAGCGUGGAUGGUCAGACUACAGGCCUCGUCCCUGCCAACUACGUCAAAAUCCUGGGGAGGAGGAGGGGCAGGAGGCAAGCUGAGCUAGAAAGGUUGGCACAGCUCCAGCAGUCAGCGCCGGUUCAAGUUACUGCCACUGUGCCAUCUUCAGCCGCAGCUUCAGUGGAUCAACCAGACCACGAGAAGCUGCUGGAGAGUGUGUAUGCUGAAAACCCAGCAUGUACAAACACAGCAGUGAUGAUGAGCAGCUCAAACAGUGCACUAGGAACUCCCGAAAAACUUGACUUAUAAAAGUUUGUGUGUGUGUGUGUGUGUGUGUGUGUGUGUGUGUGUGUGUGUGUGUAUAUUCUCCAGAAUUGAUACGAAUCUUCUCAUGUGUGAUUUUCAUCCACCUGCUUUUAUGCGUUUUAAAUUCAAUAAUAGAAAUGGCAUAAAAACGAGGUGGUUACACGGAUAAGUAGAAGAUGUGACGAUCAAAACGUCGACUGGAGCACUUUCAAUGACUUUUGGUCGUUUCGUUUAUAAAAAGUUACUAAACGUUUGUACGGAAUUGAAAAUAAAUUCAUUAAAAAGAAGAAGGGGGGGGUUACAUAGCUGCUGAUAUGUUUAAAGGUUUGAUUGGGAUAUUUUGAUUCGAAAUUAAAAUUAUUAAAAACAUUUACCAAUAUAAAUAAAUAAAUAAUACCCUGUUUAUUUCAUGAAACGUGGAGAAUCUGCUAAGGAAAACCAUUUAAUGGAAAAAAAAAAGUGGUAGAGAUGAAUUAAAGGAGCGGUUUGUACAUUUUUACGCUAUUUGCUGCUUGUGAUCGCAAUGUACAUUGUGUUCGCAAUCCUGUUUGACCAAAAGCCCCCGGUUGAAAUCGGUAUAAAAUGUUAACGACGAGCAGCAAAUCUGAGCAGUUCCACCCGGGGGGGUGGAGCUUGUUUCUAGACCAGAAAAAAAAAAUAUAGACUUAAUGUCUGAAAAAAGAGCCAACUCACAUAAAAGCAGGAGUGAAUUCAAUCUAUUAUAUUGUAUCCAUGGAAUAUUUUUUAUCUGGAUGUAAAAAAAAUGUCAUACUGCACCUUUGAAUUUUACGCUACGCCUGGGGGUGGAGCUUGUUUCUGGCCCAGAAAAAAAAAAAACCCAACCCACAGUAGAUCUAAGACCUGAAACAAAAAAAACAAUUCCAGUGAAAUCAGGACCAAAAGCAGAAUCUGUGUUAUGGUUUGGGUUAUUGAUGUUAAUUAUUUAUGCAACCCCCAAACACACGUGUAGAAUGCGUGUCGGUUUUUUUUCCCCCUCGGAAAGGUUAAACAGUUAUAAAGGUCAGAGGCGUUUUUACACGCAAGCGUAAUGUAUGUUUAUGAACCGGGCUGUAAUUUAUCGCAUCUUAUAGUUUUGUCAUCAAGCUGAAAUCAAAGAAUUUACUGUUCAUUUCGUGACGUUAUUAACAGAUUUCAGCUUCAAUUUUGUUAGAAUUUUUGAAUUACGACGAACAUCAUACGAAAAUACGCCCGAAUGAGUCCUUCAGCAAAUUGUAUUGCUUUUAUCUGUUUCUUCUUCACGUGUGUGUGUGUGUGUGUGUGUGUGUGUGUGUGUGUUACUGUCGUUGAAUAAUUAUUAGGGAACACGCAACUGUGUACAUAGAAACAUUAUUUUCAUUAAAAUAUUUUCAGACUGAUA